GAGUUCAAGCAGCAGGGCGGAAGGCUGCAUAAUACUCAGAUGUGCCUUGGCCAUGUCUGUGUAAUGAGAGCGUUGAUUAAAGAGCAUCGUAUCUGUCUCUGUGAUGCUGCGUUAUUGGACGUGACUCACGCGCUUUGACUUCUGAGAUUACGUGUUUCCUCAAACUGACCAAAUUUGCUCGAUAACACACCCUUAAAUUAGACUUCCACGCAUGACAUUGAUUAACGCUAAAUAAACUUCUCAGGACAGCACAUGUUCUCUCUCUCUCUCUCUCUCUCUCUCUCUCUCUCUCUCACACACACACACACAGUUAGUAGUUUCGGCUCUGACUUUGUCCUUUCGUGCUUAUUAUUUCCUCUGUGAAAGACCCCGAUGUUCCCUUCCGCUGGACUCUUCUCUGAAACCGACUGUCCUUUUCUCACUUGGGGCGGAUGUGAGCGACCUUACUGUCCAUACAAGCACAUCAAAGAAGAAGACCGCACAGGUGUUUGUGCCGGAAGUGCGCGCGCGACAGCUGAAAAAGGUCAUGGCAAUCAUACCGCUGCUAGAAGAAACUUCCACAACCAGGAACAGAGCCACACUUGUCUUUCAGAGCUGGAAAGGAUCAACAAACAGAUUGAAGCAGUUAGAAAUGAAGUGGAGAAGGAACAAAAAAGACUGUCCCGCUACCAGUCUGAACAGGCUGAGAGUGCCGGUGCUAGCUCAGAAGAAUAUCUUGUGACCAGAAAAACUUUGUCUAAAGACCAGAAUGGAAACCAGCUAAAAUGUAAGAAGGCCACCGGUGGUGCCCGCAAAUAUGUUGUUGAUCGCACCAAACCCAAAACUGAUCUGGAAUAUGACCCUUGUUCUAAUUUUUCUGCUGAUCUGCGAUCUGGCAGUUCAACAGAUAAAAUGAAGUCGACCAAUAAAGCUGAUGUGGAACAUGAUCAGCGGGACAAAGGAAAGGGUAAGAGUGUGUCUGCUGAUCCAGUUCCCAGUCCUCCUUGCAAUUUUGAGGAUUCUGAUGAGGAGGGGGAACUAGUCAUUGACAUUCCAACCUUUGAAAAUGAUGGGAACAAGGGAUCUCCGAUACAGAGCUCAUCAGCCAGUGAAAAUGCACAUUUUAUGAAUAUAACCAGCGAAUCUUCAGAAAUGGCCCAUCUUGACACUGACAUAGAAAACAAAGCAGAAAAGAUUAAGCCAUUGAAGACGGGUAUGACUAGCAUCAGUGAACAACAGGAGUCUUUGAACAUGGAGACUGAUUUGGUAAAACGAAGACACCCCAUGCUGCAAAAGGAAAAAAUGCCUUCUGUAAGAGUACUCGCUGUUGGAAGUAUACCUAUUGAAGAUGAACAAAAACCCUCAGUUCAUCCCAGGAUGGCCAAGGAAGAAGCAGAAUCAUCCAAGGGGAUGAUGGAGAUUGAUGCCUCACCUGCAGAAAAUAAUCAAGUGCUUCAUAAGAGCUUGAAACAAAACUCUGCUGCAUCCAAGAAUGACGAAUGCGAGGAGAAGAUCUUGAACUAUGCGACUGUCAAUUCUCCAGAAUUGCAUGAACAUGCAAGGUCCUCUUCAGUGGCAUGUUUUUCACAGGUUUUCCAAUCGGAAAAACCUACUCCUGCAAACAGCGUGAAUGCUGGUGUUCAUGAAGAGAAAGCACAAGAUAUUGAAAAUGUUCUAGACGAUAUUUCCAUUUGCCUGGACCACCUGAGACGUGAAAGUGAGAACAUCACUUGCCUUCAAGAUGUGGAUGCUCUCCUCCUUGACCCUGUCCAUUCUGCUCCCAGUUGCUCAAAGAUACAUGGAGAUUAUUCUUUACAGCCUGUCGCACAAAAGCUGCAAAGGCAAAUAGAACCAGAGAUAAAACCAAAUAACUGGCUCUCGGGUUACGUUAACAAAAUGGACACCAUGCCCCUUACACACUCAGAGAUCCCACAAAAGACAUCAGUAUUUCAGGAUUACCCUUCCACCACUUCCUCUUUACCAGCCAUAAAUAAGGAUCCUGGAUCUUGCAAGAACAUUCCAACUUCUGUUGAAACAAACUGCCCAUUUGCACAUAAAGUCCCAGCUGAACCUGUUCAGAACGUACCUCUGUACAUUUCUGGAACUGACACAGCAAUGGUCCCUUCUCCACAGAUGGAGCUAAACCCAGCUGCUACAUCUAUGGAUUUGACUGGGGGUCAGAUCCUGGAGAAACCACCUGCUCUACUGGGUGUAACAGAUGAUAAGAUAACAGUUGACUCUAGUUCUUCAGAAGAGCUCAAUUAUUCAGACCUAGACCUUUCAGAGAGUGAUCCAAUGGAAGAGUGCUACAGAAUCUUUAUGGAAGCCAACCAGGCUGAAGAUCCCACAGUUCAAGGUGACAUGCCAGAAGAGGUUUCAAAGAUGUCUGAGGCUGAGAUGGUCAAGCCAGCUCUUGCUGAGAAAAAGAGAGUAGCCCAUAUAGCAAAGUUUGAGGUCAGUAAGAGCAAAGCACAGGUCAUCGUGCCCCUUAGAGAUGGCGGUUCCCAGCUGCCCAUGCCCAGCCGGAGUCAGCAGUGUCAGAAGAGAGCAACAUCUCUCACGGCAGCAGUGAAAGGGUGCCAAUCCUUCAUUGCAGCCAAUGCACCCAAGCGAGUCCUCACAUCUACUGUCAUUCAUCCAACUGCUGUGCCAAACAACUAUGCAAACAUCUUCCCAGUUGGAGCGACCUGGCAAAUCGGCCCAAACCUUCACCUGAUUGUCCCCGAAGGGAGCUGUGCUGUACCGGUCACACUAAUCCCUGCUGUUGCUAUGCCUGCAGCACGUCCAGUCCAUCCACUAGCCCCAAAACCACAGCCUACCAAACCAGCCAACUACACACCUGCAAAGUCAAUUCCCACCAAGCGCAAAGCAAAAGGACGAUCAGAGGUUGGCGUAAAGGUUCCUCACGAUGUACGGCAGCGGUACGUAAAUCUGUUCGUGGAGGAGUUCCUGAAAACAUCCGCCACCGUGCAAGAUGCCUUUGAAAAGGCCCUAGCAGAAGAGAAGACUUUGUUUGAUCGCAGCGUCAAUAAACUGAAGUAUCUAAGCAUAGCAGUGAAUGCACUCAAGAGGCUUAAAAAUCAAAAUGCCGCUCCUGCCAAAUUUUCCAGUGAAAGAGAUGCACAAGCGUCUAGAGGAAAUGUGCCACUCAGUUCUCAAGCACUCCUGCAAAAUGGUGACACCACACUAUACGAUCAGCUGAAGGAGCAUGUUCUAACCGAGGCCAUGUUGAGGGAGAAUAACUAUCCUCACAAACACCCUGAUAAACCUGGAUUCGCCAUUCAGUAUGGUGACACCAAAAAGGGCAGCGCUGACGUUUCCAGGAGAAUCUGCUGUCGCUGUGGAACUUCUUUCUGCAUUAGCCAGGCAGGAAAGCACACUCGCAAAGAAGAGUGCAACUAUCAUUAUGGGAAAGUCAUGGAAAACAGAGUACCAGGAGGUGUGGAGACGCGCUAUAGCUGCUGCGAGAACGCAGUCGGGUCGCCUGGGUGCCAAGUGUUCAAGCUCCAUGUCCAUGAUGCAGUGAGUCUCCAAGGCUUUGUCAGCAGCCUCUCUCAGACUCAUGCGGGCUGCCCAGGGAUUUAUGCUAUUGAUACUGAAAUGUGCUAUACCACGCAGGGUCUGGAACUGGUGAGGGUCACGGUGGUGAACAGCAGUCUGCAGGUCAUCUAUGACACCUUUGUUAAGCCUACUAAUGAGGUCAUCGACUACAACACCAGGUUCUCAGGAGUCAGUGAGGAGGAUGUGAAGAACAGCAGUUCAUCUUUGCAAGAUGUGCAAGCUGUGCUUUUGAGCUUCAUCAGCGAGGGAACCAUUCUCGUUGGGCAUGGUUUGGAAAAUGAUCUCUCUGCUCUGAAAAUUAUCCACAGCACGGUGGUCGACACGUCUGUGGUGUUCCCCCAUCGCCUGGGUCCGCCGCACAAGAGACAGCUCAGAAGCUUGACAGCCGAGUAUCUGAGGAAGAUAAUCCAAGAGAGCGUGGAGGGACAUGACACCAAAGAGGACGCGACAGCGUGCAUGGAGCUCAUGCUCUGGAAGGUGAAAGAGGAUGGUAAAGGGAAGAGAUGGUGACCUCGUGCAGAAGAAAUCUCAUCAUUGCCCUAGUGUGCACUUCUGUAUAAUUGUAAAAUUAGACUCAAAACCUUUGCUUUAUUAUAACAAUCUUCACCUGCUGUCUGUAUUAUAGCUACUGGGAAUUUAAGCAUAGACGUGAUGAAUUGUUUCCUCAUAUAGCUAAUACCUUUGACACCUUUUUGUUUUGUUGAUUAGUCACUUUUCGAAAGCAGGUUACCUUUCUGUGUUGCUGCGGUGGUAGUCUUGAUCAUUUGUACAGUUUAAUACAUACAAUUCAGCUGGAAAUGUGGAAAUAGUGCACUUUUUGAAGUUAUAUAAAAUGACUUAAGGUGUAUAAUUUGAUUGUAAUCAAACUUUAGAGUAAAUCUUUCUAAGUAAACGAUAAAUACUAAAGAUACCAAAGGUGUAGGCUUAAGGCUGCCACUUCCGCGAUAAGGAAAAGUACAAUUUCAUGUUUUUUUUUCUUUCUUUUUCUGAGAGUUUUGAAUUUUGUUUUGUGAAAUGUUUAUGAAAUAAACAGUCACAUUUGCACUAUGGGCGAAAAAGUAUACUUGUGCACUUUGGGAUGUUGGAAAAGAAAGUAAAGGCACUGCAAUUAUCUGGUG